AUGAGAGAACCACGAUUCCACCAGCACGUCCUCGUCGACACCGUCCCUCUACCCGACAACAUCCCAAAAGUUGAAGAAGUCGGCGCCUCAUCCGCUCCCUUACUAUCCGCUGCUUUUUUCAUCGGUGCUCGAUGCCGACCCUUCAACGAUGACUAUAUGAAAUGCAAGGACGAAUCGCCCGGUAGAGGUGAAUUGGAUUGCAUGAGGGAGGGGCGGAAAGUUACAAGAUGUGCAGUUUCGGUGUUGGAAGAUAUAAAUACACAUUGCCUUCAACAGUUCAGAGCGCAUUGGGACUGUCUUGAAAAGAAGAAUCACCAGUUAUGGAAGUGUCGGCCACAGGAAAAGUUCUUGAACACAUGCGUCUUUGAGAAGAUGGGACUUGAGAAGACAAUUCCCGGAACACCGGAAGGCAAGAUCCCAAUACACGAGCGGACAAAGGUCAAGUAUGUUUAG